ACAGAUCGAGAAAUAUAAGGCUCUACUAUCCUGUAAUAUAGUGCGCUUAGCUGAUGAAUUUGAAUGACAGUUCGUUUUUACGACUUCGCUGACCUUGAAAAAUUUAUUAACUUGUGUGUAUUCAAAUAUUCGGCAACAUUUAUGAUAAAGAAUAUAUUAUUCGUUGUACUGUCAUACGUCACGUACUCUGAGUCCGGGGCAUCACUAACUUGCCGUGUUGCACAGUUUUGUUGUACAGUAAAAACAUUAGUGUGCUUUGUAUCAGGUGGUUAUAAUGCUGUGGAAUUAUGAGAUAUGCGCAUGUACAGUGCUAGACUAGAAUUAAACAAUCGUUUACUGUUACUUUUAACAUAACAUGUCGUUACACGAGGGGAGUUCAUUUAUAUCCCGUAUAAUUGCCCAUCGUGAAGAAAUGAAUAUGAAUGAUUUGGAAAUUCACUACUUGACCCCAGAAGAGCGUCAGUUGCUGGUAGAUAUCCGACUACGGAAAGCAGAAUUACAAAGUGAAAUAAAGCAACUGCAAGAUGAAAUUGCAGAAGUCACUGCAGAGAUGGAGAAGCUUGAAGCACAAGAGGAAAGUAAAACCAAUACAAAAACAAAGCAGCUAUCUAUAGGGAAGAAGAAAUUUAAUAUGGAUCCCAAAAAGGGUAUUGAAUAUCUUGUUGAACAUGGGCUGCUACAAAACACAGCAGAAAAUGUUUCUCAGUUUCUCUACAAGGGAGAAGGACUGAACAAAACAGCCAUAGGAGAAUACUUAGGAGAGAGGAAUGAUUUCAACAUGAAAGUUUUGGAUGCAUUUGUGGAGCUCCAUGAUUUUACAGAUUUAAUUCUGGUGCAGGCCUUGAGACAGUUCCUGUGGAGCUUUCGUCUUCCUGGAGAAGCUCAGAAAAUUGACAGGAUGAUGGAAAAAUUUGCUCAAAGAUAUUGUCAAUUAAACACAGAUGUUUUUAGUAAUAUUGAUACGUGCUAUGUCCUCUCCUUUGCCAUCAUCAUGUUAAACACAUCACUGCACAAUCCUAGUGUAAAGGAAAAACCAUCAGUGGAACAGUUUAUCAAUAUGAAUCGAGGCAUCAACAAUGGAGAAGACCUUCCUCGAGAACUAAUAGUGAGUCUAUAUGAUAGCAUUAAACAGGAGCCUUUUAAGAUUCCAGAAGAUGAUGGAAAUGAUUUGAUGCAUACAUUCUUUAACCCAGACAGAGAGGGCUGGCUAUGGAAACAAGGAAGUUCAAAACUCAGUGGUCGCUACAAAAGUUGGAAACGACGAUGGUUUAUUUUGAAUGACAACUGUUUAUACUAUUUUGAGUACACCACUGAUAAAGAGCCACGUGGAAUCAUACCUUUGGAAAAUGUUCAGGUGCGAGAGGUUGUGGAUCGAAAUAGAGCCAAUAGUUUUGAGUUAUUUUCAACAGGCAGUGACAUUAUUAAAGCAUGUAAGACAGAUUCAGAAGGGAAGGUUGUAGAAGGAAAACACACAGUUUAUCGCAUGUCGGCUUCUACUCCUGAGGAAAUGGCAGAAUGGAUCAAAUGUAUACGGCAAAGCAUCAGUCAUAACCCUUUCUAUGACAUGCUUAGUGCUCGCAAAAAGAAAGCACAGCAUAUAUAAAGGAAAACUGCUUACAGUAGAAGAAAUAUUUAAUAAAAGAAUGUUGUAGUUAACUUCUGAAGUUUUUUUCCCUAUGAAAUCAAGAAUUUAUUCUACUUUUGACAUAGAGGAGUGAACAUGAUUGUAACUCAGUUGAUAGGGAGAGGAAGAAAAUUGCGAUCACUGACUAAGAAGGAAGAGAAUAGAUAAACUUGUUUUAUAGUGCACCUUUAAUAAAAAAAGUUUUUGGAGAGUAACUAAAGAAAAUAAAACAUUUUGCUGGACAUUGCUCAGUAACAAACAACAGAAGAGUUUUUUUUAAUAAAGAAAAACAAUCAUGCAUCCUUGAAAAUAGAAUUAUGAACAGGAUACAGGAGAAAGAUAUCAGUGGCUUUAAGAGCAAGAAAAAAUUUAACAAUAGGUAGUAGAAAAAUGCUGUUAUUUAUCAUUUCUUUUGUUAAAAAAAGUAAUUUUGUGGACAUUACCCAAGUAGGGGAAUUGGAGAAAAACCUAUCUAAGGUUGCUUCUAGUUACAUGAAGUUUGAACAGUAAGUAGUCCAUGAGUGAAAAGAUUAGAAAUAUAAAGACUGUUUUUCAUUUUAUGUGAAACUGCACUUUUGUAUUCAAGUUUGCAGAAGGUCCCUGUAAAGAUUAGUGAGCUGUGCCCAUUAAACAAAUAUACAGUUUGUACUAAUAGUAGUAACUUGUGUUAAAAAAUGAUUGGUGGUGAACACUUGCUGUAUUCCAGGAAAUGUGGUUAGUCGGUAGCAGCAACUGGACAACAAUCAACCAAACCACUUCUGUUUUACUGGAAAAUAAGUAUGAGUAAGAAGCUUGACAAUGACAAGUUUUUCCUUUUUCUAAGGAUCAUUAAUCACUAGAAAUGAACCAGUAAUGUACUGUGAUUUGUUUAAAAGAAUUUCUUUUUCACAAACUAAUCAUAUGAAAUCAUUUUCAAAGUAGUUUAAUAAUUUCCGAAACAUUAUUAUUGUGUUUAUAUCUUUUUUUUUCUUAUAUCGAUAGUGGUUUAUAGAACAUUGAUUAGAUGUGAUAUUAUAUUUAUAUAUAUUUCAAGUAAUCAUGUCCAUUUUGUAGUGCGAUGUAACCUGUGUGUAUAUAUAAAUACUCAUAUUUAAUAGUUUGGGGAGAAGAAUAAAAGCAUACUCUAAAAAUAUCAGUAACCUGCUUACAAGUAUUUGUUUGCUAAGAAAUUCUGUAUUAUAAAAAAAAUUUUUUUUUCUUUAUUAACAAUUAAUUUAAAGUUCGUAUUUGUUUUCUGGAAUUAUAGACUAAUGGAUAUCUGGAAAGAGAAAAAUAUUAAAAUAUCUUAUAAGGUAUAAAAAUGAAAAAUAUUGAUGAAUAAUUUAAUAUGUAAAAAAUAUUUCUAGUCUUGUCCAAAAGCCAAAGAAAAAUUUGUAUUAUUAAUUAUACCAAAUUCUAAUGAUUGGGAGAAAGAAGAUAAUAUUAAUUGCCUUUUUACUGGAUUGUCAGGGUUAUUACGUUGGAGUUCAAGUGUUGGCACAAAUUCCACAAACUUCUUUAAUACUUAUCAUAGACAUUAUGAAAAAUAAUUCACUGUUAAAAAAAAAAGAGUGCCAAAAAUUAUCUUUUUUUAUGAACUUAUCAACAUAAUCCAGACUUGUUAGUCUACAAAAAAUUGUUACUUGUGAUUAGUGUUUAAAAUCAGAAGUGAUUGAUUUAUGGCAACCCAAUAGAAUUUUAAGUGGCUUGACCAUUGUAGCUAGAGCUUUUCUCAGGGGCUUAGCUUUUAUUCUGAGCUGACCACUGUCCAGAGUUGUAGGAGCAUGAUUUCACAACAUUGAGCUUUUAAUGUCAAAAAUGUUGCUGGAGUUUAACUAGGCUUCUACCAAUUACGUAAUUUCUUGAUACAAUAAAAGUUAAUUGACCUAUGAUCACAGUUCCUCUGGAAGUUAUUAGCUUGAAAUGGUAAGUAACAAUAAAAAAGGAUAAAAAACAGAUACUUGUAAUAAAGUUUAGGAAUUUUGUCAGUUUUUAAGAAAGCCAACCAAGGUUUAUUUGACAAUAACAAAUAAGUUAUUAUUGUUUUAGUUCUGAAUAAAUGAAGUAGAUAAUGAUUUAGAAAGUACCUACAUAAAGAAGUGUUAGUAACAAGUUUCUUCAGCAGUAAACAUGCGUAAAAAUUACAGUGUACGUUUUGAUUUUGUUUAUGUCUUUAUAAGAUAUCUAUAAAUUUUUAGAUACAAGUUUUAACACUGUAGUCUAAUAUUGUUGUUGUAGAGAAAUACCUGAUCAUUUGGGUCAGUAUUUUUAUAGUACUGCUACAUUGAUUCUUGACAUUAUGAUUUAAUAGUCCCCCACGUGGAAUUUUAUAACAUUAAAUCUAUACCUUUAAAUACUAUACCAAUUCAUAUUUUUUUGCUACCGUUAAUAAAUUUUUUAUUAUGAGAAUUAUCACAGUGUUGUGAUAUGGUUUACCUGCCAUUCAAUGUUGUGCUUAUACAUGUGAAGACAAUGUUAUUGUACCUGGAGUAUAUUGUAGGGAAGCUAUCUGUGUAUAAACGAUUAAAGCUUGGACCUAUUCAAUAGUUUUGUGUAGAAUGUUGCAUAUGUCCAAGGAAGUUGUGGCAGUUAAAAUCAUUACGUGUAUUUAAUAGUAAACUUGUAUAUUAAUAAUUUAUAGUAUAUGGAAGAUCUCAUACGUAAUUCUAUUUUUUUUCCACAAUAAGCUAUUGCUCUACAGCCAUUGUUCCACAUUGCUAAGAAGUGUGUUGUUUUUCAGUUUGUAUUUUAUGUAUUGAUGUUUCAGGGUUUUACUUUGAGUCUAAAAUAUCCUCUAAUAUCUGGGAGGGUAUGUCUAACAAAGUGACCUAUGAAAAUGUUGUAUUUUUUAUUAAGUUUCUCAGCUACUUGAUAUUUUGGACAACAAAGGAAUCUGUAAUUGAAACGACUUGAAAAUCAUGAACAAUUACACAGAAUGAAUAAAUAGCAAGCCUUCUUAGAUAUAGUUCCAAUAUUUACUACUCAAAGGACAGUAUCAAAAUAAUGUCUUUGUUCUUUUAUAUAUUUUUUACUUGCAUAAAACAUGGAGGUGGUUAACACUUGGGAGUGCAGGGUACAUUGUGCAAGUAAAUUUGAAGUAAACAUUCAAAUUCGAUGACGAGGAACCCACUUUGAGACUAAUAAUGGCUGGAGACGGCUUGAAUGGGUAAUGAAGAAAAACUUUAAUAUAAGUUUAACAUAACAGCAAAUGUACAACGUUUCGACAAGGUUUUGUCAUCAUCAGGUUGCUGUUAUGUUAAACUUAUAUUAAAGUUUUUCUUCGCUACUCAUUCAAGCCUUCUCCAGCCAUUAUUAUGUAAACAUGUAUAUAUCAACUGAUAUGUUGUAGGAAUGGACAUUUUAACCUUAAAUUGAAUCUUUGAUAAUAUUGAUUGAUAUUUAAUAGUAAUAUUUACGUGAACACUCUAAUUUUUUUUCUUAAAGUUUCUGAGAUUGUAAAACGCAAGCCCUGUUUAGAACAUUAUAACCACAUGAAGAAGCCUCUUAAAGGCUUAAACAGAAGAAAUGAGUAAUUUGAAUGAAUACGGCACUAUUAAAAUUAUCGUACAGGUUAUUUAACGGUUUAAAUAUAUAAUACUAAAAUAAUGCUGAAGUUGUUUUACGUUGGUCAGGUGUUUUUGAUACAUGAUUUUUCAUCCAAUAUGGAAAAUUUAAAAUACGGAAGUGUUGGUGUUAGAUAAACGAGAACAAUUUGAAGACAAUAAUUUCAUACAAUAUUAAAUUAUAUAUAGUCUGUAAUGCGUCAUUUUACAAAUUAUGGUUUAAAAUAUAUUUCAUAUAACUUUCCUUAAUGCUCCAAUAUGAAACACUUAACAUUAACAAUUGAUAAGUGAAAUGUACAAAGUUGACUCUUAAGUUUUUGUGAUAAAUAUUAUUGCGAAAGUGUAUAAAACGGUCACCAUAGGUCAUUCUUAUAGUUACGAUAUUAGCAUCGAAAGUUUCACUAAAUAAUAGUGUAGUAGAUUGAGACAUCUUUUGUCCUGGUAAAAUUAUCAUGUGUGUAAUUUUGUUGAAAUAUCGGAUUAAAAAACGUAUUUUUUUAAAAUCCAACUGUAACAACCGGCCUUAAUGUUCCUAAUGGAAGAAUGAAUUAUUGCGUGUUAUCACUCAUUUUAUUUUAUAACAUUUUUUGUAUUUUAGAUUUCAAUCGGAAGAGUACAAUAUUUGUUUAUAAAAUAACAAUAUCUAUUGACAAGUAUAAUUGGUAUUGUUUGUAUAUUUUUCAGUCUGUAGUUUGAAACAGUAUUUUUUGUUUGUUUUUAAGAGUUGGAUUAUUUGUUGAAUAUUUCUUGCAACAGUGAGGUUUUAUCUGUCCAGUUAUUCUCACCAGUAAUAAACAAUUUAGGAACUAUGCCAAAUGUUGUGAUAUACGAUGGUUUAUUGCAGAUUUUUGGAAGUGACUUUUAUAAAUUGCAAAAGUGAUGUGAUUUUCCCCAACUUUUCUGUUAAUACAGUGAUGCUAUGGUAAAUUUCCAACCUCAGAAUGUUUUGUCAUUAUCUCUUUACUCUUUUUUUUUAUGUAGUGAUGGUGAUUCGCUUUUCAAGCGUUUGUUUAAUUAAAAAUACUUUAAACUUCCUUCCCUGUAGUUUGAGUAGAAAUCCAAUAAAUUACUUGUACUUUUAAUGUGUA